ACCAUGCAACAUGGAUCUGGUGAACAGCUCAGAUGAGUUCUUCCUCAUCAAUGCCACAGUCAGUCCCACAACCCUGGAGUCCUGGGAUGACGCUUCACUCCUCAGCCUUCAGAUCUCCAUCUCCGCCAUGUUAGCCAUCGUCACUUUGGCCACCGCUCUGUCCAACGCUUUCGUGAUCGCCACCAUUUUCCUCACACGCAAGCUUCACACCCCCGCCAACUUCCUGAUUGGCUCUCUCGCAGCGACAGACCUCCUGGUGUCCAUUUUAGUCAUGCCGAUCAGCAUUGUGUACACAGUCAGUAAGACUUGGACUCUAGGUCAGAUCGUGUGUGAUAUCUGGCUAUCAUCUGACAUAACGUUCUGCACGGCUUCCAUUCUGCACCUGUGCGUGAUCGCGCUCGACCGAUACUGGGCCAUUACCGAUGCCUUGGAAUACUCGAAGCAUCGAACCAUGCGGCGAGCGGCACUGAUGAUCGGCGUAGUGUGGGUGAUCUCGGUCUCCAUCUCCUUGCCUCCUCUCUUCUGGCGGCAGGCUAAGGCCCACGAGGAGCUCACAGAGUGCAUGGUCAACACUGACCAGAUCUUCUACACGCUCUAUUCCACAUUUGGCGCGUUUUAUGUUCCCACGGUUCUCUUGAUGAUUCUCUACGGGCGUAUCUAUGUGGCGGCUCGCUCCAGGAUCUUCAAAACGCCAACGACAAGCGGAAAACGGUUCACCGCUGCUCAGCUCAUCCAGAACUCAGCGGGCUCUUCGCUCUGCUCGCUGAACUCCACCUCUAAUCAGGAGGGACAUCCUCAUCCUGGAGGAGGAGGAGGUGGGGGAGGAGGGUCUCCUCUUUUCACAAACAGUGUGAAAGUGAAGCUGGCCGAUAGCAUGCUGGAAAGAAAGCGUCUUUGUGCCGCUCGCGAGAAGAAAGCCACCAAAACUCUUGGGAUUAUCCUGGGUGCGUUUAUAGUGUGCUGGCUCCCGUUCUUCGUGUUCACAUUGGUGAUGGGGGUCUGUAAAGACUGCUGGUUUCAUCCUGUGCUCUUUGAUGUGUUCACCUGGCUGGGGUACCUCAACUCGCUCAUCAAUCCAGUCAUCUAUACUGCCUUCAAUGAUGACUUCAAACAAGCCUUCCACAAACUCAUCAAGUUUAAAAGAUGCUACUGAUGUUACACGUCUCUUGUGUGUUUUGACAUGUUCAUGACUUAACUAGUGGAUGUCUGCGGAAAAUAUCCAAAUCCUGUGAACAUUCAUCGUUCUUAUGCUUGGAGGACCCAACGUACCCUGCCGUUUGUUUUUCAGCGAGCUCCUAAACGCGCACAUAGUGUCUGGUCAAUGUAUAUUACUGUUCUCAUGAGACAGCUUGUAAAAUAUUGUGUCAUAUUGUUGAUGCUUCCUCGUAGUUUAUGAAUGCAUGCAAAGAUUAUGAAUCCUUCACUAGAGAGCGAUGUUUUACUGUCUUUGUAACCAAUAGCUGUCUUUAAACUGCCUUAUUUACCAGAAAUGGACUGAUAUUAACAUGAAAUACACUUUAUUUAAAAAGAACACAAAUAAAUAAAGGUUGCUGCUCUCAUAGGAACACA